CGCUUUCAUUUAGCUGCGCUUCUGUGCGUUCAGUGCUGUAGGAAAUAUGAAAUAAUGGUUGUUUCUACCAAACUUACGACUUGAGUGGACCGGAUUGUGUUUGUUACUCACAGAAAGACACCUGAUUCCAGGGAGAGCGUUUUGUCUCAUUGUAAUAGAGGGUUCCGCAGAUUUGGAGAUGGAUUUGGCUUUGGUUCUCCUGUGCGCCUUCGCCAACGCGUGUGUUUCCCUUUCCAGAGCAGAAAGACACAGUGUUUUCUGGAAUAGCACGAAUCUAAAGUUUCAGGAGGACGACUACACGGUGGAGGUGCAUCUGAACGACUACCUGGACAUCGUGUGUCCACAUUACCCUCUGGGCACGGUGCCGUCUCAGGAGGCCGAGCGCUACGUGCUGUACCUGGUGGAGCGCGAGGACUAUGAGGCGUGCCGGCCGCAGUCCUAUGAGCAGAUGCGCUGGGAAUGUGGCCAGCCGUUCUCUCUGCACGCGCCAGAAAAGUUCUCUGAGAAGUUCCAGAGGUUCACACCCUUUACCCUGGGCAAGGAGUUCCGCCCAGGCCAGAGCUACUACUAUAUCUCCAAACCGCUGCAUCACCACGGACAGGACUGCCUGAAGCUAAGAGUGGAUGUCGUGGCUAACGAUGGAUCACAAGAGGCUAGAGUCGGACCUGGCAAAGGAAGCGGAGGAAGCGUGCACACAACCUCAAACCACUUACCAGCAGACGAUCCAGUGGUGUUGCCAGAUGUUCGGAAAAGUGUGCGAACAAACUCUGCAGUCAGACCAGCAUUUCUGACCAUCCUUACAAUCCCACUCCCUUUAUUACUACUGCUGGUUUUACAGUAAGAACAUUUUAAAGCACUACAGUGAUUCAAGAAUGAGAUGAAGGUGGCAUGUGUCAAUCAAAACACACAGGAGUUCGCAGAAGUCCAGCGCUGGCCACUGGGGGAAGGAACACAGGAACUGUUCAGCGCUUCAGUCGCUUUCCUACUCUGCUUCCUGAAAGGAUGCGUUCUGUGAAGAGAACUUUUUUUUUUUGCAAAGCAUACUUUUUAACCAAACUUAAGUAACAGUGCUCUGUAGUUGGAGGAAUGAUGAACGAGAAGAAGGACAUCAGGACUGUACAGUGUUGUAGGCUGUGAGUGUGUAAAGGACAGCUGAGACUCAGAAGAGCCAAAGAUCACAGAGCGCAUCGCUGAAGUGUACCAAGGGCUUUGUUGCUUUAUUUCUCCAUGUAGCAGUAAAGAAGCACAAGUUGUUUUUAUAACAUUACCAAAUCAACUGGAAUUGAUCACACACACACACACUUUACAGAUGUGAUAUAUAAAGACACUUAUUGUAGCAUUCAUUCACACACAACCUGUUUUGUAGUUGUACAUGUUUUAUUUGAAGAGAUCUUAAGUUAUUAAGUGUUCUAUUGAAUGAUAGUUAUAGCUUAUAAGGAGCAAAAGAUGCAAGCAGUCGAAGACGAAUAAAAAAGCAGAGUGUGGGAGUGUGUGCGUGCGUGAGCAAAGACGUGAGAGAGAGGGCGCGAGUAAAAGUGAGAGUGAGUGUGAGAGUGUGAGAUUAUAAAUAUAUGCUAAUUUAGCACAGACAGACAGCUUUACUAAAUCAGUGGAAGUGCAUCUGUAAACUCUACUGGUUCCUAUUUUGAGCAUCUGAAUGAGGAUAAAUUGACUUUUCUAUCUCUGAAGUUAAUCUCACCUUAAAUCUGACAUUCAGUAAUGAUAUAAAUACUCUGACUCUUUGGCCCUUGUCACAGUCAUGCAGAACACAUCAACAUCUCACUGUUCACUUUAUAAUAACAGAUCAUAGAUAUUAUUCACUUCACCUGUCUGUGUGUGUGUCUGUGUGUGUGUGUCUGUCUGUGUGUGUGUGUCUGUCUGUGUGUGUGUGUGUCUGUGUGUCUGUCUGUGUCUGUGUGUGUGUCUGUGUGUCUGUGUGUGUGUCUGUGUGUGUGUGUGUGUCUGUGUGUGUGUCUGUGUGUGUGUCUGUGUGUGUGUCUGUGUGUGUGUCUGUGUGUGUGUCUGUGUGUGUGUGUCUGUGUGUGUGUCUGUGUGUGUGUCUGUGUGUGUUGACACCGACAGAUAGACUGAUGCAGAUCCGCCAUAGCAUUAAAACCACUGACAAACAUGAAUAAAUAUAUUUUAUGAAUUAUUGAAAGAGAACUAAUGAGAUUAAACUCGCAUUAUUAAGCUAAUUUUGUCUGUAGUUUAUAUCUAAUAUGUACACACAUAAUACAGCAGAACAACAAACCUCUACACAAAACAUAAAGUCCUGCUAGCUGUUGUAGCUAAAUUCUAACUGACUGAAUGCUAACUGAUGAACACGGACUAAAACAUGACUGAUCUCCUCAAUCCCUGCUUUUCUAUUGUGUUCUAUGUGAACUGUAUAUUAUGUACAUAUAGAAGUCUAUAUAAAAACAUGAUGUCUGGUAAAUACUGUAAAUGUGAAAUUCUUAUGUGAAAUAAAUAUUAUUUUUUGAA